AUGAAUAUUAUUUUAUUUUAUUUUAUUUUUUUUUUUUUUUUUUCCUUGCUAGGAAAAUCGACUACUUUCAAUGUGCUAACCAAAUUAAAUAUCCCUGCUGAGAAUUAUCCGUUUUGUACAAUAGAUCCACAUGAAGCUAAAGUGACAGUAGAAGAUGAAAGAUUUGAAUGGCUGGUUAAACAUUUUAAUCCUAAAAGUAAUGUGCAUGCAUAUUUAUCUAUUUUUGAUAUUGCCGGAUUAGUAAAGAAUGCUCAUUUAGGUGAAGGGUUAGGAAAUAAUUUUUUAUCAAAUAUUGCAGCUGUAGAUGGUAUAUAUCAUGUUGUUAGAGCAUUUGAAAAUGAAGAUAUUAUUCAUACUGAAGGUAAUAUUAACCCAGUACGUGAUUUAGAUAUAAUAAAUUCAGAAUUAAUAUAUAAAGAUAUAUCCCAUUGUGAAAAGAAUUUAGAAGAAGUAACUAAAGUUUUAAAUAGAAAUAAAAAAGAUAAAAUAAAACAAAAUGAACAUGAUGUUUUGACUGCUGUAUUAAAUUAUUUAAAAGAACAUAAGUGGAUUAAAGAUGGUACUUGGAAAAGUAAUGAAAUAGAAGUUAUAAAUGAAUAUAAUUUUUUAACUGCGAAACCAGUUGUAUAUCUUGUUAAUAUGAGUGAAGCCGAUUUUAUAAGACAAAAAAAUAAAUAUCUAGCUAAAAUUUAUAAUUGGGUACAAGAAAAAAAUAAAGGUACCAUUAUACCUUAUUCAGCUGAAGUGGAACAAAAAAUCCUUUCAAUGGAUGAAGAAGAAAAAAAACAAUAUUUCCAAACAAAUAAUAUUAAACAAAGUAUGCUAAAUAAAAUAAUUAAAACAGGAUAUUAUGAAAUCAAUUUAAUACAUUUUUUUACAUGUGGUCAUGAUGAAGUGAAAUGUUGGACUAUCAGAAAAGGAACAAAAGCUCCACAAGCAGCAGGUGUUAUUCAUACUGAUUUUGAAAAAGGUUUUAUAUGUGCUGAGGUCUAUAAAUAUACAGAUCUUGUCGAAUAUAAAUCAGAAGGAGAAGUUAAAGCUAAUGGAAAAUAUUUACAAAAGGGUAAAGAUUAUGUGGUUGAAGAUGGAGAUAUUAUCUUUUUCAAAUUUAAUGUAUCAUCAGGAGGAAAAAAAUAA